UCUGACGACGCGUAAACAUAAAGUGUUUUCAUUUUAGUAAUAGAAAAAAAUUUGCAAAAUAUUAAAUUUCCGUUUUUAACUAUUAGUUUUCAUUAUUAGAAUUGAGUUUGUUACUCUGUGGAACAAAAGUGCUAUCGACUCGUGGCAGUGUAAUAGAAUUUUUUCGUUCGGUUUCUAAACAGUAUUGCGGAUCGGCGCGAGUGAUUUUCGGUAAUAUUAUCGGGUUUCGCGAGUGUUUUAAAUUUGUUUUCGGUAUUUUACAUAAAAUAGAACAGAAAUGCCACCUCGGAAAAAGUCCACAAGUAGCACGGAAUCCAGUAGCGCCAGUUCAUCGGAUUCGAGUUCCAGCGACAGUAGCUCGAGCAAUAGCGAUUCCGGGAGUUCUAGUAGCGAAAGUGAUUCGUCUAGCUCGCAGGAGACACCUACCACACGAACGAGCAACAACAGUUCUAAUGUUAAUGCUACUAAAACGAACGAAAAAGUGAUUCGUCGAAGAAGUUCGGAAACGGUAGGGUCGGCUUCAAAAGCACUGGUUGCUGCCGCUACAGCCGCCGCGAAAGACGCAGAUAAAACUAAUGCCGUAAAAACAAGUCAUUCGAAGCAACAUAAAGGUCCGAAACCUUCGGUUACAUCAAGUGAUGACGAUUCUUGUGCUGAAAGCAAAUCAGCACCACCCCCAAUUGUGCAGAAAAAGGUACAACAAGCCGAAGCAGCUAAACGUAGAGCACAGGAAAAGCAAGCGAACAUCCCACAGGCGAUAGUCCCUCCGAUAACGGGUGGUAAGGUUCCUCCCUCGGUUAUCAAGCAACAACAGCAACAGCAAGCCCAAGCAAAACAGGCUCCUCUUACGAAAGCUGCUGCCAAGGCUAAGGAAUUACCACCACCGAAAAUCAACCCUCCCAUUGCCAAAAAAGGUUCUAAUCCUGCUCCAACCACGGGUACGAAAGCCAAGAAAAAAAGUAUUUUCUCACCAGUUAAUUCUUCCGAGUCGGACGACGAAAAAGAAAAGACCGAUCAGAAAGAUCGACGUACGUCUAGUUCCAGCUCGGUUGGUGGCACCACUGGUGGAACUGCAGGUACUAAGGGUGCUUCACAGGCCAAUAAAGAUCAUCAGGCUGCUUCGACUGGUAAAACGGCAAAUGCUAACCCAACCCAACAGCAGCAGCAACAACAGCAGCAGCAGCAGAGAACGCGUGGUCGUCCUCGCAAGACGCCUUUAGUGAACACCACCGGCCCAGUAACCAAACCGGUGGCCCAAGUUAAACCACAAGUUUCCGCCAGUCCGGUGAAGGCACAACAAGUUUCCAACAGCACGUCACAAAAACCGGCUAAGCAAGAGGACGUAGGUUCUUCUGCUACGUCCACUUCGACGGAUUCUUCCUCGUCCGGAUCGUCGGAUUCGGAUUCGGACUCAUCGGAAGAGUCGUCUCCAUCGGCUAAGGCCGCACAACAGCUGAAGAAAAGUAACAGUAACAUGAAGCGACCGCUGGAGCGCACUCCCCAGAAGGUGGACGGAAAAGAAGGUGGAACGGACACCGAAGGUGAAACGGGCAAACAAACACGAAAAUUAACCCGUUCAUCAAGCACCCGGAAAUCGAAACAUCUGCUCGGUAAAAAUGCUUCCGAAACGGAAUCCGAUUCCGAGAGUGUCAAGCGAUCGGCUUCCAAGAGUCCCGUCAAGAAAGCCCCAAUCAUUCCGACAAAGGGUAAAGCCAAAAACAGCAGUAAAAAGAAGGAUGCUGUUGUUAAAGAGACUCAACUGGAAGAACCGGAACCGGUAGAGAACCGCUGUCCGUUGGUACACUGCUCAACGACUGGUCAUCUCGGAGGUCAGUUUGAAAGACAUUUCAUUUUGGAAGCUUGCCCAAUGUAUCACAACAUGACCGCAAAGCAGACAACCGAGUUUCUCAUCGAACGAAAGCGUAAAGAAGAGGACCGAAAGAAAGCCGUUCCGGUUUAUGAAAAUUCGAAGAAAAUUCAAACACCGGAACAGAAAAAUUACCUGCAGAAGAUUCGCGACAUCCGGGUACGCUUCAAACCGAACGCUCCACCGGUCGGGAAACACAAACCCAUGACCGAACGGGAUGAGAAUGAGAUUGAUCUGGAACCGGUGCUGGACGGAAUCGUACCGGAUUACGAUCUACAGCUGUUCCGAGAGGCACAGGCGGCGGCCAGUGAAAGUAUGGAGACGGAGCUGAAAGAAAUGGUAACCGGCAAGGGAACUCGGUUCAUUUCGAUGGGUCGUUACUGUAUGCAGGUGUGGUACCAGAGUCCCUAUCCGGAUGACGUUGCCCGGUUACCGAAGCUCUAUUUGUGCGAGUUUUGCUUGAGAUAUCAAAAAUCCGAGGUGGGAAUGAAACGACAUGCUGCCAAGUGCGUCUGGCGACAUCCUCCGGGUGAUGAGAUCUACCGCAAAGGAAAACUUGGUGUCUGGCAGGUUGACGGUAAACGGCACAAACAGUACUGCCAGAACCUUUGCUUGUUGGCCAAAUUUUUCCUCGAUCAUAAAACGUUGUACUACGAUGUGGAACCGUUUCUGUUUUACGUCAUGACACUGGCGGACAGUGAUGGAUGUCACACGGUGGGAUACUUCAGUAAGGAGAAGAACUCAUUCCUCAACUACAACGUGUCCUGCAUUCUGACUCUACCGCCCUAUCAGCGCAAAGGCUACGGUCGCCUGCUAAUAGAUUUCAGUUACCUUUUAACCCGUGUCGAGGGCAAAAUCGGUUCCCCGGAAAAACCACUAUCCGACCUCGGACUGAUAUCGUACCGAUCAUACUGGAAGGAUGUGCUACUGGCGUAUCUCUGUUCCCGACCCGGAACAACAUUGAGCAUCAAAGACAUCUCUCAGGAAAUGGCUAUCAAUUCAUACGAUAUCGUCAGCACACUGCAAGCCCUCGGGAUGAUGAAGUACUGGAAGGGUAAACACAUAAUACUGAAAAAGCAGGACGUACUCGAGGAAUACGAGGAACGGGUUAAGCGACGCGGCAACAUGCCAAAGAUCGAUCCCAGCUGCCUGAAGUGGACACCGUUCGUGGCACCGACCCCGACGACGCCAACCUCCUAGCGCCAGUCGUAUCACCAUCAGUAUCAUUAUCAUCAUUAUCAGCAGCAGAAUCCGCAAAACCAUCAUCACUAUUAUCACAACAAUAACAAUAACAACUACUACAACAACAGUUAUAGUAACGGUAGCGGUGGCAACAGCUACCAUAACAACAACAUCAACACCAACAACAACAACAACAAUUACUACAACCAUCAUGCGGUGAUGACACAUUAUCUCCCGAACCACUCCUUCUUCCGGGGAGUGCUUUAGGCUCGCCAAAUGAUACCACUGGAAUGGAUGGUAUGCAUUCUGGAAGAUGCUAUUAAAUGUCAUCAGAUGAAAUGGCGAACAUAUUAACGUAAGGAAUGCAACAUCGUUACGAAGGGCACGGUUUGCAGUAAGAAUUAUUAUGACACAGUUACUUUGGAGGAAUCGUGCUGCCACGAUCGCAAAUAUUUAUUAAGUCUCGUAAAUUGUUCAAAGGUAGAGUGGUUAGUACAUUUUAUUCCUAAGAUCGUACAAAGUAAAACUUCGGUGAGGUAUUUUUUUCUUGGAAUUUAUGUCUGCAAAAUAGUACCGAUACUCAUUAUUGUUUGAAACGCGAGUUAGUUACGUUACCUCAUUUCAAAUUUUCUUAGUAAAUGGGAAAAUAAUUACUAGUUAUGGAACGGUUUUUUUCUGGAGUACAGUUAGGCAUCACAGCAUUUUGAUAAAUCAUGAAAAAAAUAGGCAGAAUAAGUCUCACUUUUGUUCAGAAAUCCAAUCGAAUAGAAUAAUUUAUGCCGUAACGCUAAGCAAUAUGUGAUUUGUUUCGCUUGUCGGGGGAAAAAAAAGAAUUUGUAAAUAUUGUCGUAAUCACUGUAAAUCUCAAUCAUUAUUUAGUUUUUUUUGUGAUAGAGAAGUAUUUAUUUAGUUUAUAAUUGUGACACUGCAAAAGUGAUUGUCCUUGCAUUCUUUGUGUAACUGUAGUGUGUAGCUCGUAAGUGAUAAAUCCUCUCCGUUAAUCGUUGUUUUGAAUCGUGUCUGGAACCAACAGAAACACAUUACUUACCAUCAAGCAAAGCAGCUAUUAUUCAAUCAAACUUUAAAAUAAAAACUGUGCACAGAUUCAAAAGCAA